UUUUAACUUGCAAUUUUCACAAUAAAACAUUAACUCAGUGCACAUUCUUGGUCAAAUUUCGUCAAAUUACGAUGAAAAAGUGCUUGUUUUUGAGUGAACAUUCAGUCAUUAUGUUAAAAUCGAUUUGUAUUUAAUGGUGUUUAUCAGACAAAGCAUCAAAACAUAAAUGACAUUUCUAGUCUCGUUAUGAGGUCAACUCAAAAUGAAAACAAACGAAGAUUUGCUGUUGAACACAACGCACGUAGAGCAAUCUUUCGGAAGCGAUUCUUGUUUAUUUUGGUGAUAUUAAAUUAACAUUUUGACAUUUGUGAUUUCGUGCGUAUUUUUUUUGUGAUUUGAAUUAAAUUGAAAUUAGAAUGGAAAAUUUUUCUAUUAUUUAAAGAUAAUAAAGUAUCAAGUUUUGAACAUUAAAAAUAGCGUCGAGGCGAAAUAUAAUUUCAUCGAAAAAGGUGACGCUGCAACAUUGACUUUGCAUAAAUUACGGUAAAUUUAUUCAAACACGUAAUAGAAACUCGUCAGCUUUGUUGAAAAUAGUGCCAUUUUAAAAAAGAGAGACAAAAAAGUAUUUGAAAAAAUGUGCUUACUACGCUUAAAACAUUUACCUACAAAAUUAAUAUCGCAAAGACUUUGCACACCAAAAAAUCAACCAGGCUCUCAAGUCCGUAUGGUCGUUAGUGCGACAAAUGGCGGUUUGACUGAUAAAAAUAAUGGAACAAUAAAUGCGGACAAUUUGAAGACAAAGAAACUCGCUCAUGAAUAUGAGCCAGUUCUUAGUCAACAACAAAAUUCUGGUUACAGUUCGAUUCAAUUACCACCGCCAUCAACAUACUCAUCACAAAAUGAAGGCGUUUGGAUAGCUGCACUUGCAUUUAUUCUUGGUAUUAAUGUUGGCGGUGCUUACAUUGUAUACAAUUCAAAAAUUAAAAAAACCAUCACAUUUCAUGAUUCAGAGAAAUCGGGUCAAUCGAAAAAACCAAAAGUACCACUGACAUCAUCUGAAAUACCGAGUCAAGUGCCGUACCUAAUUAUUGGCGGUGGAACUGCCAGUUUUAGUGCAUUUCGAGCGAUUCAAGAAAAAGAUCCCAAAGCGAAAAUUUUAGUGUUGUCAAAGGAGCUUGAUACUCCAUAUAUGCGACCACCGUUAUCUAAAGAGCUCUGGAUCGACCAGGAAGUACAUACUGGUAAAAGAAAUGAUGUGCUACCGUUAACAUUCAAACAGUGGAAUGGAUUAGAUCGUGAUCUACAUUAUGAACCAAACGAAUUUUAUAUUCAUCCAUCAAAAUUAAUGGAAGAAUCCAAUGAUGGAGGUGUUGCCAUCGUGCAAGGAUAUACGGUGAAAAAAGUUGACGUUGAAAAUCGUACGGCCAUUUUAACCGAUGGUACAGAAAUUCAAUAUGGUUCAUGUUUAAUUGCAACCGGAUCAUCGCCAAGAAACUUACCCGUUUUUGAAAAUGCACCGACUGAAGUGAAAAAACGCAUUUCAUUAUUCAAAACCAUCGACGAUUACAGCAAUUUGAAGAAAUAUGUCGAUCAAUCGAAAUCAAUUGCAAUCGUUGGUGGUGGGUUUUUAGGCAGUGAAUUGGCAUGCGGUCUGGCCAAAUAUGGUCAGGAGAAAAAACUGCAAGUGCAUCAGGUGUUUCAUGAACAAGGGAAUAUGGGAAAAAUUCUGCCGGAAUUCUUAAGCAAAUGGACUACGGAACGUGUACGUGAUCUGGGUGUUAAUGUCAUCCCGAAUACAGAAAUUAAAUCAGUUGAACUUUUGGGCAAUAAUAAUCGAAUUAAAUUAACCUUCUGUAAUGGUCAAUCGGUUAUUUGUGAUCAUAUUGUCGUGGCGGUUGGCAGUUCACCAAACAUAAGUUUGGCAAAAGAAUCUGGUUUGGAAGUGGACAAAGAUCAUGGUGGCUUUUUAGUAAAUGCUGAACUUGAGGCCAGAAACCAUUUGUUUGUUGCUGGUGACGCUGCAAGCUUUUACGAUCCAAUUCUCGGUCGACGUCGAGUUGAACAUCAUGACCAUGCUGUUGUGAGUGGUCGAUUAGCUGGCGAAAAUAUGCUUGGCACGAACAAAAAUCCAUACACACAUCAAUCAAUGUUCUGGUCCGAUUUGGGUCCACAAGUAUCUUACGAGGGCUUAGGUAAAAUCGAUUCAAAAUUGCCAACAGUUAGCGUUUUCGUGAAAAAGCAACCAUCAGAAUCGGCUUCAAAUUCAAAAUCAAGCGUUUUACCAUCCGUACAUGCUGCCGAAUUGGAUGGAGAAAAAGAUGACUUUUCAAAAGGCGUUGUAUUUUACAUGGAAAAUGAAAAGAUUGUCGGUAUUGUUUUAUGGAAUGUAUUCGAUCGCAUUAAUAUCGCACGUCAAGUUCUUAGUCAAGACAAACAAUAUGACGGUCCAACUGAAAUAAAUGAAUUGGCUAAAUUAUUUGACAUGCAUACAUAAAUGUACAUAAAAUUUAUCGACAUUUGAUCAAUGUAAACACAUUUCAAAAAAUUUCUUUGCCGACACAAGCAUCUCGAAGUGCUGUUGAUGAUGACGACAACCCGACAAGAUGUAAUAAAUAUUUGAUAUCUCUAUUGAAAAUCAGUGUAAUAAUAUUUGAAAAUUUUUGUGCUCGACUAAAACGUCUAAUGAGUUGCAUUGUAUUACAUAUUUCGCUAAAUCUCUAUAGAUUAAUGCAUAUUGCAUAUUGAUACUAAAAUUUUAAUUGUUAAACAGUUUUUUUUAUCGAAUUAGAUCAUUCAUUUUUUUAAAAAUCGAAACAAUUCUUAUUGUAAUUUAUUCAAUCAAUUAUGGUAAGCUUCAUAUUCAU